AUGCAGUUCAUGUAUUUGUUCUUUGCUAUAUUAUUGGAGAUCCUUCUUAAUGUAAGACGGGUAAUACCUUUGUGUAUGAAAGAUAUAAAAUUUUUUCUUAAGGAAGCCAUGGUGUUUAAGUUUACAAACUUUGUAUGUUUGAGCUACAAUGAAUCCUGGUUCAUCUUUCAUAACUGCCGGCUGAAGGCAGUCAGUCGGGAUAAGGUGAUCUUAAACGUGAACGGAACAAUUCUGCAUCCGGCGUACUCCAUCAUGGUCCACGCUAAGGUAUUUAAAAAGGCUAAUGGAUAUAAGCCAUGGAUAAUUGAAACCAAAGUUGAUGUCUGUCGUUUUCUCAAGAAAAGUUAUGAUCCCAUCGCCAAACUAGUUUAUGGUCUCUUCAAAGAGUUUUCCAAUAUUAACCACACCUGUCCAUAUGUGGGUCUACAGGAUGUACGGGGCUUUUAUUUGAGGUAUGAAUUAGUAGGUCUUCCCGCUCCCAGCGGUGAUUACAUGCUGAUGAUGAGGUGGUAUUACCACAACAAGCUUACUUUUGACACAAAUGUUAGUUUUGUAUUCACCGAGGAUCUUCACGCUUGA